CCUCAUCUCUCUCUUUUUUUCUUUCUUCAUCAUCUUUCCAUUCUCUCCACCUCAUCAUCAUAAACAUAAUGUCUGAUGCCAAGCACAACGCCAUGACCGCCCCUCGUCCUGCUGAUAAGGAGUGCAUCGAGGUCUUCCGCACCGUCAAGGACGAGGUCCUGGCAGAGAUCCACCGCAUCAACCGCGAGGACGACCGCCACGGCCUUCACGAGAUGGACAAGCUGAAGCACAUCUCCGAGUACACCCCAGUCUUGUACGCCACUGAGGAUGUUGCCUUUGGCCGUAACUACUUUGCCAAGAUCCAUCUCGGCGAUGAGAAGUACAUCCAUGCCCGUGCCCAUAAGAGCAACGAGGGCGUCAUCGACUUUUACAUGCUCCAUACCACCCCCGAGUGCGCAGUCUGGGAGAAGGAUACCCCUCUCGAGUACUUCAUCGACUAAAUCCCUUGCUGUUUGCAAGAAAAAACAUCCGUGAAGGAGUCGCGAAUGGUGUCUAAAUAGAUGCCUUGUCGCGCGACAAGAGCGCCGUAUCGAUGAAUAAACAAAACGCAAUAUUUGUA